GGGACACCAGCUGCAUUGAAGGAGAAUCUAGUUUCUUGACUCAGUUUCCUCCUCCGGUGUUGGCCUGAAUCUUGGAAGCGAGUGAUGGCGGGAGGGAAGGUGUACUCGUUCGAAGAGGUGCGGAAGCACAACACCCUGGAGGAUUGCUGGCUCAUCAUCCACGGCAAGGUGUACGACGUGACGCCGUUCAUGGCGGAGCACCCCGGCGGCGAGGACGUGUUGCUGGUGAGCACCGGCAAGGACGCGACGGUCGAUUUCGAGGACGCACACACCGAGGCGGCCAGGGAGCUGCUGCCGCAGUACUGCAUCGGGGAGAUCGACGCCGCGACCAUCACCGCCGAGCUCGCCCAACCCUCCAAGAAGGCAUGGGCUACCAAGCCGAAAGCGGGCCCCACGAGCCUCUGGAUCACGCUGCUGCAGCUCGCCGCGCCUCUCCUGCUGGUGGCCUUCGCGCUCCAAAACUACACCAGCAUCACUACAGAGUACUAGCUAGCUAGUGGUACAAAAGAAAAGAAGAGCAGAUGCCGUGGCGAAUUCCGCCGUGAUGCAAAUCCUACAGCCUUCUUCUUGGAAGUACUACCUGUCAACAUCGCGAGUGUUCCGUCUCAAACACUGCAAUCAUAGAUUUCUGAUUUUCUGGCUAUAUCCGAUUAUACGGGGAGGUUUCGUGCUUGUGAUUAAUCGUUGGUCGAUUUCACAAAAAUGUAAGAUGUUUCUCGGCGUUAUCUAGGACAUGAAAUGUACACUCCAGAUUCUCUAAGUUGGUUAAGCAAGUCAGAGAGCUACACUACCUCAAGAGCAUCUUCAGUUGCUUCCUAGCCGCGUUUCCCAAA